ACUCUAGGGAACUUCACUGCUUUCAAACUGGGCAUCCGAUUUCAAGAAUCGUAUUUUUAUCAUUAGAAAACAAACAUGUAUAAUUCAUCAAGAAGAACUGCGGGGCACAUCACGGCAAAUUCUACUAAAAAUCCAGGGCUCUCGGGACCAUCUAAAAUAACAAAUCGCGGCAUGAGCACCGAGAGUGAAGAUCAGAGAGAACACUUCCAGACAACACCUAGGGAAAACAGCCGAAACAAGAGGAAGAGGAAGAGGAGUGGCAUCGCUGGGCCUGAGAGGGCAGACGCAGAUGGCAGGAGAGCAGGAGAUGGAUGGGCAGAGGAGAAGAAAGCCCAGGAUAAAAACGGGACCCCCAUUUCUCCUUCCCCCUCUGCUCUCCUGCAACGCAUCCCUUUAAGAACUCUGGAGGAGGCCGAGGCCAAGCUGGUGUUUGGUGGUGAACACGACAUUACCCACAAGUCCUCACAGGCCCCGGCCCGCACUGGCUCACAAUUAAUGUGUCAGCCAGCUGAAAUACUGGGCCCUCGAAGUGGACCUCAUCUCAGCUCUCUGCCUCAAAUUGACAAAUGGCUGGAUGUAGCCUUACAGGAUGCCGACUCAUGCUACCGACAGAAGAGAUAUGACACCGCAGCCAGCCGUUUUACCACAGCACUCGAGUUGUGUUCCAAAGGUGCAAUCUGGGAGAAACCCUUUAAUGCUGAUUAUGAAGACAUCUCCAUGCUUGUCAGCUUUAUUGAGUCCCGGCUCGUUGCAUGCUACCUGCAAAUGAAGAGGCCUGACAAAGCACUCAGACACUCCCACAGGAGCAUCCACCUGAACCCGGCGCAUUUCCACAACCACUUGCAGCAGGCCAUGGCGUAUCGCCUGCUGGGGAACCCCUGUGAGGCGGCAAGGAGUGCGAUGAUUGCUGACUACCUGCUCUGGCUGUCAGGGGACACGGAGGAGCACAUAAGCAAGCUCAUCAAACAGUAUUGGCAGGGACUGCUGGAGGAUGCUAUAACUGAGGAGGAAGAUUUCUCUGUCAUGUUCACACCGUACUCCGGAGUCCCCAGUGAAUGCUGCAUCCAGCAGGCUGAAGAGGUCUUCCGCAAGCUGCACCCUGGCUUCACAGCCUAUCUGUUCACAGGUCCGAGCGGGGGCCAUUUCUUGCCACAGACCACAGACUGGAAUGAGCCCACACCGCAGGCCUACUUCCUGACACUGGGCUUCAGGAGGAGCCAAGAUGGCGGAUUUCUGGAAAAGAUGCUUCGGAGGAGGAGCCCGGAGUUUACAGGACUGAGAGCACCAUUCUCUCCACCGCGAGCGGAAGACAUCAGGAGGACGUGUGAGAGCCUGGGCCGGAAGAUUCUGCCGGUUCUUGAUUUUAUUAAGUGCACCAAACUAUCAGUGGGCUUCUCCACAGGUUCUGGGCUAAUCGAGAGGCUGCAGUACGCUGGGCACCUGGGCCAGCUAAGGCGCGUGGGGGAGCAAACGCACGUCCUGCAGCAAACACUUGCCGAGCUCAGCGUCGCCCCCUAUCUGCAGGAAAUCAACGAUGCAGACUUCAGACUGCUGCAGACGCUAAUGGCAGACACGGUGGACACCCUUGAAGGAAGGCGGACGGACGGCGAACGUGUGUGGAAUGAAAUGCUCAAGGUGGGCGCUCUGGAGAAUGAGGUGUACGAGCUGGAGGAGGCCUACCUGAGGGGCAAGGCCCUGAGAGCCAGCCGCAGGCAGAAGGCCCGCCAGAGACGCCAAGCCAGGAAGGAGCAGCAGGUCGCACUCAAAGCCUCCUCUUCCUCCUCCACACCUCCUCCACCUCCUCCAGACCAACCAGCCUCCCCUGGCCCUCAGGAUCCUCCCUCAGCGGAACCAGAAGCCAGAGACGCCGUCCCUAGCCCUGGUGGCCCUGACAGCACUAGUGCUAGCCAGCCCUCACAAGAAUAAGCCCCCCCACUCACACACACACACACAAACACACACAAGCAGCAGGCAGUGGCUCUGCUGGCCUCCUCUCCUCUCCUCUCCUCCCCUCACCCCCUCUGCAAACACUCAUCUCCAGCAGCCUCUUCUCCCCUCGUCCAUUACUCUCAGCGGACAGAAAUAAAUGGACUCGCCAGCCUUGCCUUCA